UCUCCCCAUCUUACAUACGCUCUUUUCAGCCGUAGAAUUUUUCACUAUCAGAUGGCUAACCAAGAGGGGAACAUAGAAGAAGAAAAAGACCAUGACGCAUGGCUGAACUCCAUGACCAGUAAGGUCCAAAGCAUUGGGAGCCGUCCAUCACAGACCGAUCCAUGCACCAUCUACCGUGUCCCGAGCAGCAUUCGCCAGGGUGACACCAACGCCUACGAGCCCCAGAUCGUCUCGAUCGGCCCGUACCAUCAGGCCAAGCAAAGCCUACAAGCCAUGCAAGAGCACAAAUGGCACCAUCUACAUGCACUCAUCUCCCAGAACCGUGAUCAUUCCUUGGCCGAUUACGUCAAGGAAAUCCAUCCAUUGGAGCACCGAGCCCGGAGCUGCUACUCGGAGAACAUCAAACUCGGGAGCCAGAAGUUCUUGGAGAUGAUGGUGUUGGAUGGUUGCUUCAUCAUCGAACUCCUUCUCAACGUCCAUGGUAAGCGGGCCAUUGAGGUGGGUCCCAUUUAUAGUACUGAAUGGAUGGUGCCUCUAAUACGCCAGGACAUGCUCCUCCUAGAGAACCAGCUUCCUUUCUUCAUCCUCCAACGUUUGUUCGACCUAAUCAACAGGUCAAAUUCUCCUUCGCUGGUCGAUCUAGCCCUUAAUUUCUUCAAUCACAUCCCACCGAGGAAUGAGGCAAUCCCGCCGUCCAAAGUGGUCCAUCAUUUGCUCCAUUUGUUUCACUCACAUAUCAUACCAACCCCAUCUGAGAGGUCACUCCAAGUGGUCCCCACCACAGCUUCUGGCCGUAGACCACCACUGUUGCCAAGAUCAAUCCCAUCCACGAGGGAGAUCCAGCAGGCUGGGAUCGUGUUCAAGAAGACGAAAGCAGGCAGCUUCUUGGACGUAACAUAUAGGAAUUUUGUGAUAAAAAUCCCAGCACUGUCCAUCUAUGAUUCAACUACAAACACUCUGUUCCGAAACAUGAUCGCCCUCGAGCAAUGCUAUCCAGAGUCUGGAACAUACUUCACAAGCUAUGCCAUCUUCAUGCAUUGCAUUCUCCAAACGACGACAGACGUAAUGGUGCUCAAGCAAUGCAGGAUCAUUGAACACUGGUUGGGCAGCGACGAAGAGGUGGUCCAUCUCUUCAAUCGGAUGUGCAAGGGAUUAACCAUUGAUUUCAAGGACAAUUACCUCUCGGGCCUGACAAAUCGUGUGGCUGAGAUUUGCGAGACUGAUUGGCACGGGUGGCGGGCCAGGCUCAUGCGCAAUUAUUUCAGUAGCCCAUGGUCCAUACUUCAAUUGGAAGCGAUGGUUCUCGUCCUGGUGUUCACCGUGGUGCAGACCUUCCUCGUUAUCCUGGCCUACUCCGGCCACCCGCGGCCUUAAUCGCGGUUUAUGUUUUGAAUCGAUAGUAGUUUAUUUUUAUUUUUAUUUUAUUUUAUUUUCUUUAUUUUCUUUGAGUUGUAAUUACGUUAUGUUAAGACCUU